GUCUCGCGUUUUUCCAACUCUGCCGACAGGAACUGGGAAAAGAGGCUUCUAUUUGAGUGCUUAGACACAUGGAUACUUUUUAGUAACAAGAAUUUACAGGUUUAAUAGUUUUCUUUCCUCUCUUUACCUUUGACUCUUUGGCACGCCUUGAUUUUUUUGCGUUGGAUGUGAACAGAGUUCAACUGGGAACCAGGAUCCCCACAGACAAUCCCUGGUGAUUUGGUAUGUUGUGACUUUUUCCUCUCUUUUUUAAUCUUUUCUUUCGUUGAAAAAAACACGUAAAUAUAAGGAGUUUGGUCUCGUCACUCGGGCUCAGAGGAGUGGCUCCAGCCGCUGAGUUAGAGGCUCUGAUAAAUCUCGCCACACGAAACAAUAAAGGGUGGUAGGCUAUAGUAAUAACACAACUCUAACAACACACCAGUCAGUGUGUAAACCAAAGAAAAGCCGAAUCCACGAAGAGACCGAUCACUGAAACGCUAUCUGUACCUUAAUCCCAUUAUAAAGUCAUAUGGUUCAGCUGAGAAGUUUUAAAUCUGUGGGAAUGACAUGACGGUCAGUGGACAUACUCCCACGGGAGGACGUUAACAAAGCAGCUUCAACCCUGUAUUUCUCUGAAGCCAAAAAUGGAGUGUUAAACUAGAACAACAAACACUAACACUGGUUUUCUUUAUGAACUGAAAAAAGGGGAGGACUUCUAUGUAAAAAUUUACCCAAUUCUUCAAAUGGGGGUCAAUUAUUCAACCAGUCCAAUCCAGCGUAUUUAUUAAGUUUAUUUACAACACUACCAAAGUCUACUUCAGUUAUCUUUAUUAAAACACAUAAGACAGAAAAACAAUAUAGGAUGCUUUAGAAAAUGAAUAGCAGACUUUAAACAUGUAGAAAAAAUACACAAGAAAAUAUUACAGCAAACAAAAGAGCAGGACGACAGUAGCCAAAUGGCUUCUAGGCUAAAGUAAAAAUAAGUUUUGAGUUCAGGGACACUCCUAUGUGAGGGGCUGAUUCAUUCCACAGUUUGGGGGCCACUGCUGAGAAGGCAUGGUCAUCCCUGGUUCUCAGCCUGGUCCUAGAAACCACAUGAAGCAGCUAAUCAGCAGACCUCAGAAACCUUGUGGGAGUAGUAGAUUUCCAGGAGAUCAGGGAUGCACUCAACUGUGCUGUUUGAACUUGAAAAAAAGCAAUAAAAUCUUCAAAUGAAUCCCAAAAUGAUCAGGGAGCCAGUAAUGGCAGGAAAGGAUGGGGUAAUGUGCUCUUGUUUUUCCUCAAAUGGAGUCAAAGAUAAAUCAGGCGAUAAAUCCUCAGAUGGUAAAACGAGAUUGAACAACAGAGUGUUCAGCAGAUACUUGCCAUUAAAAGUUUCAUCUUUGAUUUAUGUGUUUCUUUAAGGACAUGGCAACUGCUCUAAAUGGUCGAAACCCUGGUGGACGUGGACCAAACCGUAAUAAAGGUCGAAUCUUGGGCAUUAUUGAUGCCAUCCAGGAUGCAGUGGGAUCACCGAAACAAGCAGCCGCAGAUCGGAGGACAGUGGAGAAAACUUGGAAACUCAUGGAUAAAGUUGUAAGUUUUAAAUGAUUUGAUGCCAUAAUAGGAUUUAAACUGCCAAACAGUUCAGGGUCUCCUUUACGGUAUUUUUUUGUUGCAUUAUGCUCCAAAUGUUUUCAAUGGCUGAAAAGUCAGGGCUGGUGGCAGGCCAUUAAUGGUGCCUAGAUGUUUGAAUGAGCUAUGCCGUGGGUGCUUAACUCCGUACCAUUAAGGAUGCUGGCGGUUGAACUUUGUCCUGAUAGCAAGUCUGAUGUUCCCUCCCUUCAUUACAGCCGAGGAUGCAGCAUCCAUGAUUUCCAUGAAAAAUGUCAAAUUAUAAGAAGUAUUAGUUUUGCAUCUUUCAGAUGGUGUGAUAACUUUGUUCAACAAUAGCAAAAUACUGAUUGAUAAAAGAUAACCUGAUCUUUACUUCACAAAUUCAGUCUCUAUUUAGUAAAAGAGACAAAGGUCAUUGUAAAGUGCUCUUUUCAUUGUUGACCUAACUGACAUCUUUUAGUUUACCACAUUUUCCUGGUCCUCGCCGAAGUACUCAUUUUUGGUUUGCGUUGCCACAGGUCCGCCUCUGCCAAAACCCCAGACUCCAGCUUAAAAAUAGUCCACCAUACAUCCUGGAUAUCUUACCUGAUGCCUACCAGCACCUGCGGCUCAUACAGAGCAUAUACACAGAGAACCAGAAACUCACACAGCUCAGUGAGAACGAGUACUUCAAAAUCUACAUCGACAGCCUUAUGAAGAAGUCCAAACGGGCCAUUCGGCUUUUUAAAGAGGGAAAGGAGAGGAUGUAUGAGGAGCAAUCGCAUGACAGGUAAGAAAAUGUUUGAAAAGUUAUUUCUUUCUUCAAAGGUUCUACCUUCAAAGUUUUCUUUGAGCCUUUUCCCAAGAAGUCUGGAUACUGUUUAAAUUACAGUUAAAAACUGAAUGUGAUGAUUUGUGAAAUAUUCAAACUCCAUAUUUAAUUAAAGAUGAGGAUGCCAAAGAGACAGCAAAUGAAACCUUAAAACAGAGAUAUUUCAUUGUGUUUGACAAAAAGUAAAUUCUCAUUUUUAAUGUGGAUUAUUUCCAAUAAAUGGAGACAGGGUCACAUUUGCUGCUCUGUUUCUUCACCUCCUUUUUCAACAGCGCUUUUUCAGCAUACAGAAAAUAAUAAGCCAGUUUGAAAGUGGACAGUUUUAGCCACUCAGCAGUUUGAGGUCUCUUUUUUGUACAAGCCAUAAUUUGUUCGAGUCAUCAUGCACCAAAAAAUUCUAUGGUUGACAAGUCAGGACUGCAGGUAUCAGCAGUACUCUUAAACCAUGGAGCUAUGGUGCUGUCAUACAGAUAGUGGUUUGACAUUGUCUCGCUGAAAUAAACCAUGCUGUUGCUGUUUUCCUGCUUUAAAACCUUUAUGUAUUGCUCAGCAUUACUAGUUCCGUCAUAAAUGUGCAGAUAUGCCCACUUUUCUACCACUGAUGAUGGCUUUUCAGCUGUGCAUUUACAACAAGCCAGAUGGUCCGUCUCUUAUUCAGCCCGGAGGGUGCAUCCAUUGUUAGACCACAGGACACUUUUUCACUUCACUCCAGCCCAUCUCUAAUGAGCUCGGGCUCAAGAAAGGCAGCCAUGUUUCUGUGUCUGGUUUAUAUACAGUUCUCUCUUUGCAAGAUAGAGUCACAUGCAUUUCUGGAUGCAGCAACAAACUGUGCUCACAGACCACAACCUUUGAAAGUCUUGCAAAGCCCAUGCAGUGAUGUCUAUUACAAAAUCAAGUCUCUUUUUAAUGCAGUGCUGUCUGGAAGCUCAAGGAUCACAUCCAGAGAGAUUUUAGUCAGGGUUGGAAAUCAGCUGCCUGCCAAAUGCGGGUUGUUUUUCAAAGUGUUGGGUGAAUUUUCCAAACCUACCAGCCACAGAGGCUGCUAAAUAAAAUAACUGAACAGAGUGACUCGUGAAAGAACAGAGGUCUACCGCUCUAAUGUAGGCGGAUCUACCAAAGCCAAAGAGCUCUGCCUCCUCCUCAUGUCCCCCUACUUUACAAUGCUGCAGUGCCUUUAUUGUAAAACAGCCACAUCAGUAAGUGAAAAGUUUCAGCUGCUUGAACAUAAUUUUACUCCUGUAUCAUGGAAACUAAGGCGAGAUGUUAAAAUAAUCUGUAAGGGUCACAGCAGAGAAACUAAACUUAAAUCCACACUAAUAUAGUGUACUAAGAAUUAAAUUUUAGAGUUACAGGAGGAGUGAUCAGCUUCCACAGGGAAAGUAUCCCAACAAAUAUAUCUACAAGUUUUCUUCUUUGGGGCGUCAGUAUGACUAUUGGCCACUGCUCUUCCCUGAACAUGAAAGAAACUAGGAUGACCCACACUGAUUUCCAGCUGUGCCUCUUUGGGUUAGUCAGAGGAAAAGUCCUGGAAAUUGGUGCCAUGUUUCAUUGUCCCCUUCAAGAUUAGUCAGAGCAUUAACCUUGGCACCCCUGCUGCCUUGGUUUAAUCCAGUUCUUUUACUGAUGCCUUGCAUGGUUUUACUGACUCUCUAUGAACUUGCCACCAUAGAGACCAGAGGGCAGUAUGAUAGGAUAUACUUUGUCAUAGCAUUUGAGAACUUCUCUUGAAUGUUUCAACAGUUUCUUAUUCACAUCUUGGUUCCACCCUGCAGAAGGAACCUGACCAAGCUGUCACUGAUAUUCAGCCACAUGCUGGCUGAAAUCAAAGCUAUUUUCCCUGGAGGACAGUUCCAAGGGGACACUUUCAGGAUCACCAAGGCUGAUGCCGCUGACUUCUGGAGGAAAAACUUUGGAGAAAAGUAAGAAAUAUCUAAGUUUUCUUUUUUCUUUGGCAGUUUUUUUGGUGCUUUAUUAUUAUUAUUAUUCAACUUGGUGAUGAGGAACUGCUGUCCUGAGUAGCAUCUCUAGUUGACUCAGAGUUAGGGAUAGGGUUUUCUCACUUUUUAAUGAUAAUGUUCACUUUGAUGCUUGAUUCUUCCUUAAAAGACAAGCAUCCCUUUCUUCUUGUGUUCCAUCUCUAUCAGCUCAUCUGCCUCUUAUAGUUGCCAUCUAUAACUUUUGCACACAAGUAAUAUGUUAUUUUUGACGUUAGUGGUCAUUACCGAAGAUUGCGCACAGUGCUAGUUCAGGCAAGCCGUACAGUUCAAGCUCAGCCUACAGUCCAUCAGCUGAUAGCUUGGCUGAUUACCUUUUAUAUAUCUAAUUGGCAAAUGUAAAAAAUGGCAUAAAACUCCUUUAGCUUGUCCUCUCUAGUUGCUUCUUCCACAAAAUGUUUGGCAAAUCACCUCCACCUUGACUCCUCCUUAUGAGCUGUGCUAGAUUUUGCCCGUGUCAAAUGUAGCGUCACAGGAGCCUGCUUUGUUGUGUAUCCUGCGGGUCUUUGCUGCUGCUGUUUUCCCUGCCCUGGUUUUUCAUAUAUGCACAUGAAACAGUGGUGGUAUGCUCUCUUCGCAGCAGGCCUGGCAAUCCUCAUAUGCAUGUAGAAGGGCAGAGUGCUCUCCAAACAGAGCUAUACUGCCCAACAUAAGUACUACAUGCAAAUAAUUCAUUCUUUUUGAUCUAUAUGGUUCUGGAUUUGGAGGGAGAGUCACACAGUCCACAGUGUUUGAAGUCCAUUGUUUAUUUUCCUCUGUCUUGGGAUUCUGUCAUCUACUUGUUUUAGUGCACUAUUAUUUACUGUGUUCAAAGUUAUCGCUUUAAUCUACCGAGAGAUUUCAGAGCAGUUUAAUGGAAAUACUCAUCUCACUUUCAAGCAGGACUUGGCACCUGCUCACAAUGUCAAAACUCCUCCCAAAUGCUUUGCCAACCAUCAUAUUAGAAAGCUUGGUUGGUCAGCCAGCUUGCCUGGCCUUAACCCCAUAAGGUAAUCUUCGGGAUAUGGUCAAAAGGAGAUGAAAAACUCCUGGCUUAAGGGUACAGAUGACAUAAAAGCCUCCUUCAAAGUAAUUCAGUGACACCUCAGCAGUGCCACAGACUUAUCAUCUCCAUACAAUGCCCCGUUAACACAACAAUUUGUAGCAGAGGAGCCCCAACCUAAGAAGUUUGGAGCAUAAAAUGAACAAACUUUUCAGAAAAUGAACAGUUUUGCAUUUAAUUCAUUUUUUUCUUUUGUCUUUUUUUGAUGUUUAGAUCUAGGUUAAUAUUCUCAAUAUUCCAGAUGCUGAAUGGUUUGGUAUCACGACCUUUACUCCACAAUCACCCAAAUUAAAAUCUAAAACAGCUUGAAACCUUGAAAUAUGACAAUGAACAUGUCAUAAAUAUGAGUAUACGAAAGUUCACCUUUUUGAAACGAGAAAAAAAUGAGAACUUUUCCACAAUAUUCAGAUUUUCCUCUGUACCCCUCUAUUAACUGCUGUUAUAAUGAUUUUGAACAGCUGGUUACUUACAUUGAUUUCUGCACUGUUAAUGGAUUUAAUGCUUAGACCGCUAGACCAGCAGCACUCAAAUUUCAUCAUUCGAGCAUAAGUACAAUCCUGUUUUUUAAUGAGCAGUAAAUUUACUUAUCCUGUGUGCCAAACUCUUUUGCUGUUUGUAUGUAUGCAAAUGUCUGCUAAGAGGCACAGUUUGUCUUUUUACCUUUUGUUUUGCUUUGCAAUUGUGAUUGGACUCAUUGCUCUCUUGUAGGACCAUAGUAUCCUGGAAAGUCUUUCGACAGUGCCUUCAUGAAGUGCAUCCCAUCAGCUCAGGUCUGGAGGCCAUGGCCCUGAAGUCAACCAUUGACCUCACCUGCAACGACUACAUUUCUGCCUUUGAGUUUGACAUUUUCACUCGUCUCUUCCAGGUUGGUCAACAUCAAAAAGUUAGAAACACGGAAGUGAAUAAGUUUGGUGCACAUGACAUAAAGCACAUCACUGGUGACUCAAUUUUUUUACAAAAUGAAUCCAUCGCUCUUGUCUAUGCACCCUUCUUCUUUGGGAAAAUUGAAAAAACAGAAUUGGAUCCUGGUCAUGGUGAUUUACAUUUUCAGGCUCCCUUUGAUGUUAGAUAUUUGCUAUAAAUCUACUGACAGAAACAGCAUCUUCAGUUUUAAGAAAGCCCAGUGUUUUGUUUGUAAUUUGCUUGGAGUAGUGCAUCAACCUCUUUUUUCUAGGUCACAGUUACCUGUGGUUUUGUGACAUGUAUGAAAAAAGCAGUUCACUUGAAGAUGGUACUUAGCAGCUCAAAAUAAAAAAGUUCCUGACAAUUUAGUGUGACUCUACCUGGCGGCAAUUGAGAGCAAGGGUAAAACUACCAUACAUGAGCAUUAUCAUAUCAUUGAAUAUUUUGAAAUAUCGAGGAAAUGUCGAAAGAACUUGAAACUGUGAGGGUUUUAAAAGUUUAAGGAUUAACAGUGUGUAAGAUAUUUCUAUUUUUGUUUUUAUGCUGACUUUUCUUUUGGUUCUUCCCUAUAACUAAAAAUUUACUUGCACUCUUUGCACAAUACACAACAGCAGAAUAGCUUAAAUAGACAGAAAAUUUUCAGUGUAGGACAACAGAAGCAGAAGUGUCCCAAAGAAGUCACAAAAACCACAUACAGUGUUUUUCAGAGAGUGACUUGAGUCAUCCUGGUUUUGGCCCUUGUGCCUGUGCGAUUGUGCUUUGCCUUCGUUUGGAAUGUAUGAUGAACUUUUCAGUUGAAUUAUCACUCACUUUUGUGUCAACUUAAGAUUCUGUAUCGAAUACCUUAUCCUCUUAUCUACAGAGUUUUAGGAUUUUUACCUUUUGUGUUUUUGUCUGUUUUCUUUCUUUUUUUUUUUUUAAAUGUAUGCACACGAUGGUACAUGAUCAUGACUAACGGGUGAAAGCUACUAGCUGUAUGCUAGACAUAACUGUAAUGGAUAAUAGUGUCCAAAACUACCAUUUAUGGCAUGUUUUAAUGUAUGUUCAACUCUAGUAUUAUUGUAUUAAAAUGUGAGCUUUUAGUAACUAGUCAUUUUUACACUAAUUAUUUACAAACUUGAUUUAUUUCAACCCUCAGCAAUAGUCUGCUAUUCCUUGACAGCAGACCUUGUUUAAGAAAAACACACUGUUGUUAUGAAGCACAAAGCAAAGCCAGGGAUGAAGCUGCAAUGGCAGACUCCAGAGGAGUAUCUAAAAUCAUAUUAGUGCACAGAGAGAUGUCUGGAAGAUUUAACAGUAGUCUGUUUAUGUUAUCAAACCUAUAAAAAAAGACCAAAUGAAGAAAAACAAGACACAAGACAAAAAAAAAAACAAAGACAGAGACAUGUUUGUUUCAAAACACCAGAACUGUAGGCUUCAAUAGAGAAAUCUCCCUUCAUGUAUUUCAGGAUGGCAUUUGAUAUUUAGCAUAGUGCUAUUUCGGGCAGGCCACAAAGUCAAGCUCUGCCCAAAAUCUAUCAGCUGAUUGUAAUGCAAGCCCACAUCAGCUGACAGCUCAGUCAGUAACCCUUAAUUACCCUUUAAGUUGCUAAUUGGCAACUGUUUUAAUGGGUGGUAUCAUUUUUAUUGCAGAACAGAUUCAUUUAAAGUAUCUUGAUUUUGGUCAGAAGUUAGAGAUGGUCAGAUGUCUUUUUCAAUGCGACACAAUAAUGCUUUCCUAGAGAGCCAUUUAUGCUGAGCAGACAAGUAAACAGAUUCCAAACCACACCAGAGUGAACUUGGAAUGCUUCACAUCAUUUGUUUUGGCAUCUGUCAAACUGCCCUAAAAUACUGAACCAGCCAAACUCCACAAAGUCAAGUAAAAAUGGUUGCACUGCUUAAGCUGCCUCUCAAAUGUCUCCUUAAAUCAGAAGCUGCAGCUUUGCACACUUUCUCUCCAUUUGUUUGCUGAUUUGGAAGCAGCCAGUUUCAACCCCAUCCACAGACUUUGUAUCACUAACGUGUGGCAGAAACAACUAUUUCAAGAUGAAAUUUUACCUUGAAAAUGUGAAACAUUAAUUAGUUGUCUCAUGAUUAUGAUUCUGUUGAUACAUUAAUGGAUGCUGUUUUUCAGCCAUGGAAUUCAAUUCUGAGGAACUGGAAUUUCCUGGCAGUGACACAUCCCGGCUACAUGGCUUUCCUUACCUAUGAUGAAGUCAAGGCCAGACUGCACAAGUAUACCAACAAGCCAGGCAGGUAAGUAAACCGUUAAUAUUACUGGAACUGCCUUAAUAUGUGCUUAUUCUCAUAUUGGAGGUUUCUAAUUCAGUGAGUUAAAUUCAUCAUGAAUAUGUAGGGCAAAAUUAACAGGUUUAUAUUUGUUUUUUAAGACGCAUUUUAUUGUUAAAAGUAAAUGGUGAAAUGUAUUUUUAAUUCGUGUGAAGCUGAAUUAAAAAAAAAAAAUCUAUCUGAGUUGCCCAACUUGAAAGUACACCAUUUCAGGGUGCAGUUAGUGAGUACAAAGACAUAGUGAUAACAGAUUUACAGCCAGGAAGUGGCUGCAGAUGCAUGCUAGUCAACAUUUCUUUUAAACAUAGUGGGGGUGGGGACUGAGUCUCCCCUGUCAACCAGAUGUGUGCUGGAGGAAACUGAAACUGAAUUUGAAGAGCUAAUAUUAAAAUAUGUGCAGAUGGAAACUGAAUUGUGAAAGCUUCAAGUGAAAUUGGAAACUUCAGUGUAGAGAUUUAAGCACACAUUGUACAAAAUAGUGCAUCCACUUUCAUCUUCAGUAAAAGUUUCUGUUGUCUUUCUUUCAAACAGUUACAUCUUCAGACUAAGUUGUACUCGACUCGGCCAGUGGGCCAUCGGCUAUGUCACCAAUGAUGGAAACAUACUGCAGACCAUCCCCCACAACAAACCCCUGUUCCAGGCUCUCAUCGAUGGUUACAGGGAAGGCUUGUGAGUCACUUAAAGGUUCAUCUACACAAGUCAUGGUUUUGAUGGUUUGAAAUGUUUAUUGCAGCUGCAGAACAUUGUUGAGUGUUUGCAUCGUGGUAAACUGGAUUAUAGCUGGUGGGUAAAUCUGACUUGUAGAGACAUUACUGACUCAUGAAGUAUUCAUCCAAGAUAAUUUAAAUAGCACAAAAUUAAAUUAAUAAAUCAAUUAGCUUUAAAUUAACCAAGGUUGUUGUACAGCAUUUGAAUUUUUUAUUUAACAGUUAUCUCUAUGGUGUUUCAUGUGACACUAAAACUUGUUCAAAGAAAAGCAUGCAUCAUCAUAGUUAUGAAAGGAUAUGAACAAUGUCAUGUGAGGAGUCACAAAAAAACAAAUUGAGGUGUGGAUCAUCAUCUACAGUACAGUGUAUCUCUCCUUGUAUUUAUGACUGUCUGAUCAUUUUAACCUCUUUCUCAUCGUAGUUACUUGUUCCCUGACGGUCGCAGUUACAACCCUGACCUCACUGGAUUAUGUGAUCCAACUCCUCAUGAUCACAUCAAAGUAACACAAGUGGGUAUGUGUGUUAGUGUGUGUGUGUGUGUGUGUGGGUGUGUGGGUGUGAUUGUGAAUGUUUAUGUGGGUGUAUAUGUGUAUGUGUGUGGUGGUGUGUUUAUUUAUGCUUGAUCAAAUGGGACACGUGGCUGACACAGGAUUAGCUUCAGUCCUCAAUAAAGCCUUGUGACUAAUACUUAAGUUCAGUCAGGACAACUUUUAUCAAAGAGAAUGAACUAUUUCUAGGAGUAGAUUAUAUUUGGUGGUUUGACUAUUCUGAGAGCUUCCUGCUCUUUCAUGUGUGUAUGUGUAAUGCCAAAACCUCAGGCAGAGAGAGCAGCAGCAAAGACCCCUAAGGUACAGGACGGUUCUUUCACAACAAUCAAAUCCACAGUUUUCAAAACACAGCAUUGUGUGUUUAGAUUGUUUUUUUACUAGUAGUCGAGCAGUUUUUUAGUACUGCUUUACUUUGUGGCCUGCCUGAACUAACACUGUAAUCAAUGAUGUACAAAACACUCAAGCACAGUCCUCAGCUGUGCCGGAGCCAAGGGGUGGGCCACCCCUGAAAUCGGUUUGGCCACCUCAGGGGCCAUCCUGAAAUCUUAAACAACACUGGCCUAGUCAGAGGCAUUUAAAUUGAAAUCAAAUAUCUGAGCUUAAGUUCAGCUUCAUCUGGCUAUUUAAAAUCUUUUUUUUUUUUAACUUUUACUUUGUUGGCACUUUUACUGAGGACUUUGGACAAAUACUUGUUUUUAGUCCUAAAAAAAUCAAGUUACGCAGGUAUAAAGUAAAUGUUGCCAGUAUGUGGUAUCUGCAGCUGUCGAUAGCCAAGCUUCUAUGCUGUCACUCAAGACAGUUUCUCUCCUGUGGAUACUAGAUUCACUUCUAACAAGUAAGCCAUAUAACCUCUUAAAUACACCUCUCAAAUACGUGAUGGUGCUCUGCAUUAUUUACAGGUAGUCAAUGGACACAGAGAAUGAUUUGAACAGAGGGGGAAAUAGUAGGAAGCGUUUGUCUCUGUGUACUCUAUCUAUGUGGCUUUAUUGUGUUUACUUGUAUUGUAUUCACAUUAAUAGUUAAUCCAUGCCCUUUGUUUGAUCUGUUUGUGCAGGAGCAGUAUGAGCUGUACUGUGAGAUGGGCUCAACCUUCCAGCUUUGUAAGAUAUGUGCUGAAAACGACAAAGAUGUCAAGAUCGAACCCUGUGGUCACCUCAUGUGUACUCUCUGCCUUACAGCGUGGCAGGUAUUACAUUGUUGAUCUCAAAAUAAGCUUGAACAGUGUUUAAAUUUAUGAUUAUGAUGAGUUUGUAGAAAUGAACCCAGUUGAGAGGUGUGUGUUUGUGAGUGUGUGUAUACAGUCGUGUUUCCCUGUCUGUUCCAGGACUCAGAUGGUCAGGGUUGUCCUUUCUGUCGCUGUGAGAUCAAGGGCACGGAGCCCAUAAUUGUGGAUCCCUUUGACCCACAAAAUGUGGCAACCAAGUGUUUCUUCUUGGACCAGCAUGGCUGCUCCUUCCUGGAGCUGGAUGAUGAUGAGGACCGAGAGGACUUCCUGGUUAUGAAUGGAUUAGCCAACAUCAGAAAGGUAAAGACCUCUGGGCUUUAACAUCACUGGUGGUGAUGAAUGACCCAGCGCUGUACCUGGUUUGUUUCUGCCCUGCCUCCAUCAGUCUAUGACUUUUCAUUUCCAUUCAAAUGUCUUUGGACACAAUGAGUAAAGGGUUUACUUCCUCUUUCACUAUCCUCAGUUUUGAAGAUUUAGCUCCUCACUUUUUUCUCUCUUGCUUCUGGCUCUUCUUUCCCAACAUCUCCCAACAGAUCAAAAUGAUUAACUUAAAAAACACACAAGUCCCAAAAGGUAAAUUUGAUCUGACUUUGUAUAUCGAUAUUAAACAGUUCUUGUUAUUAUACGGGUGUGUUUUUGUCUUACCCUGACAUUUUUUGACAUGAAGCUUCAGGCAUAUCCAAACCUCUACAAAUCAGCUGACAGACAAUGUCACAACAACAUCAUGUCACACCUCUGAAAAGGAAGUUUAUAGUUCAAACAUGUCAAGAUGAAAAGAAAACCCCCUUGAUCUACCUACAAGAACUGUUUAAUGAUAAUAUUACAUUUAUUUAUAGCCAAUUUUUAUAACACUCAAGGUCACCUUACAGGAAGAGUUAAAAUAUGAACAACAAUUUAAACAAUACAACAAGAAAAGACUGAUUUUUGAAGUCAGGAUGCGUUUUGAAAAUGGACAGAGCCACUGUUGUGGAUGUCUGGUGGGAGGGGUUUCAGAAGGACUGGGGUUAUGUGAUCAAUGCAGGAAUGCAGGCAGCAGGGCCAAAUUAAAUUUUGUAAAUUGACUCAGGAAAAACCUUUGAAAUAUCAGUGGUGAGGGAAAGACAUUUUGUGCCAAUGAGUAGGACAUGGGUCUAAUCACUGUUUAAUUUUGGAAAGUUGUAGUAGAGCCACAGUUUGAUUUCAUGUUGGUGAGAGGGAGGAAGAAGGUUUGGUGGACAGGCAAAGCUGUCAUCUGCAUAACAAUGAGAAACGGAAGUUAGAUUUAUGGGAGAUAUGGCCAAGAGGAAGUGGAUAGAUGAUUAACAGAAUGGGCCCCAGGACAGAGCCCAGGAGAACGCCUAGAGUUUAAAAGUAGUGAAUUGAAUUAACCAAAUGUGACCUCAUAGAUAAAAUUUGCAAAAGUCUGUGAUCAGAAAAUAUUCAAAUCGACAGAGUUAGAAUAACAGGCAGUUGCUUAGGACCAACUAGAAUUAAGUAUUUACUGCUAACUUGCAGUAAAUUCAAAAAAGAAUACAGUGAGUGUGUGGGUAAAUGGAUAGAAAUCAUGAAACAAGUGGAAUGAUACUUUUUGACCCUAAAGGGGGUCAUUGCGCAUUAUCCCACCUUUUACCCCUUAACCAACUAAAGAAAAGGACAAGAUUACAUUAAAUGCUGAUUUGAUGUGGAGUUUUUUUUUAUUUAAAAAUACUGAUUUGUACAGCUUUUAAAAAAAUCCUUUGGUUACAUGGUUGGUAGAGCUUCCAUAAGAAUAGUAUUACUAUUAGCCAACUUGCAGGUCAACAUCACUGUGGGCUGUAUUUUCGUGCCCGCCAGCGGCGCGGCAGAGGGUGGCAGACCCCGCACAGUGGUAUUUUCAUCUGGCGGAGCCCGGGACCCAGCCAGUUUGGUAUUUUCGUAGACCGAGGUCCGCCAAGCUGGGCGUGAUGGUGCAGUAGGGGGAGGUGUCGACAGAAUCAGCUGGCGCAGUGACAUUUUCGUGCCCCCGGCAGCAUAGAAAGUGCGCUGAAAGCUUGCGGAUUUAAAUCUGGUCAGCUUUCAGCGCAGGUGGAGCGCAGCUGGUCUAGUGGUAUUUUAGUAGACCGGCGGCGUAGUGCUCAUAAGUCACCGAUGCCUCACAGGCAGGUUUCCACAGUGCCAGGCACAUUUCAGUGCAAUAAAUAAUCAUCAACAACUAAUAUUCUGAGUCAGCACAUACAUUUAGAUUUAUAUCGAUAUAUUCUUAUCUAUAUAUUAUCUGAUGAGCGUGUUUGGACACACAACCUGACUGAAUUAACACAGCUGAAACCGCAUUAAAUCAAAUUAAAUAUCUAGUAAACAGACAAGACAAUAACAAGAUAUUUAAUUCCUCUUCCCCCUAUUUCUAUCUUCCUCCUCUUUCUCGCGCAGCUCGACCCAGACAUGUCUCCGUGUCCUCUUCCCGUCCUGCUGCUGCUGCGGCGGCUGAACAGGCAACUUAAUGUGAUUGUCUUUUUUGUGGAAAAGGGUGAUUGUCUUACCAGUGGGUACAACCUUACACACACCAAAUCCCUCCGUGCUUAUGUGAGACAGUGUGGAGGAUGCCCUCUGCAGCGCUUACAGCGACACUUGUUAAGUUGCUGCCUUCAGCUGCCAUCAUGUGGCAUUGCUGUCUGCAGCCAUCUCUUGAUCUCUUUGACUAAUGUACGAAAAUUGGAAUACGCCUCGCCGGUGGCGGAUUUAAAGGUGAGGAGAGGAGCUGAUAUGAUUGGUGAAAACAGGUCUCGGCUGUGUUAAAUCCACUCCAUGCCCUCUCUCCUCCCUCUCUAUGACUUAUGCCGCUGGGAGGAGCUGAGUUAGGGAAGGGGUGAUACUUAUGCCGGGCUGUGCCGCUCACCAAAAUACCAAAAUGUGCUUGGAGACGCCUUGUCAGUGUGGCGGACAUGACUUAUUUCGCGAGGCACGAAAAUAGAGCUUUUGUGUAGAAUCAGGUUGUAUCUGGGGACUUAGAUAAUAGAAUAAAAAAAUCUGAUAUGGGGUUUAACCUACUGGAAUCAAGUAUAUUAACACCUUCAGAUACGCAAGGGGGGGAUCAUCCCUGUAUCUUCACCAAAGUCAUUUUGGAGCAAAUGUUGACUAAAGCUAUGUCUAUGCAGUUUACAUUAAUUUAAGGGCAUAUUCAAAUAUGAAGGGUUCUAAUCACUGUCUUAAGAUGUGCAUAUUGAGAGAUACAAAUAAAUUAUGUUAUAUUCAGUCAAGACCCAAACUGUCAGUUUGAUGUAUAUUGCAUUGAUGUUUUGUGACAGCUGGUAUGUUAUUUUUCUUUUUUCUUAGCACUGUGCCGAGCGCCAAAACUCCCCCAUGGUGUCACCUUGCUCCUCCCCUGUCAGCCAACACAGAAAAACCUACGGAGUAGACCAAAGUCACAGCCUGCAGCACCUCAGCCUUCCCCCCAUUCCACCAAGACUUGACCUCAUCCAAAAGAGUGCCACCCGCUCCCCAUCCUGCAGUCCCACUGGUUCCCCAAGGGUGAAUAUGCAUUACCACUUUAAGAAGGAUAGGGGUUUAUUUUCCUAUGAAACAUUUUUCAGAUAUAAUAGGCUGACAAAAACUAUUUGAAACUAAUUUAUUGUAAAAGUAAAGAUUAGUCUGAGCUUUGCAAGAGAAUGGAAUAAAUUCAAAUGAACAUUUAUUUAUAAAGAACAAAUCAUUGAAUGAUCAGUGUAAGAUAAACAUAUUCAUCAAAAAGCAAAAAAUAGCAAAAUGCAAGAGGUACUCCAAUGGUAUAGUGGUGAAUAUCUAAAGGAUGUUUCACCCUAGAAAUAAAAUUGUUUUGAACUGACAAUUUCUCUUACCUUAAAGAGUUGGACAAGGAUGAGAAAAGAAAUUGCUCCUUUUAUUCCAACUACACACCGUAAUUUGACAUCUUGGAGACUUACUCAAUUUUAAAACUGAAGAUGCUUUGUAUGAAAAAUCUGGAUGGCUCUGAUCUUCAGUCCCUCAGGCAGCACUACACAAAAACAGACGUGACCCUGUUGUGCAGAUCUCUAUAGGCGCAUAAUCACACUCCAGAAACCAUUGUCCGUGAAUGUAGUUUGCUGCUCUAUCCAAGAAAAAUAGGUCAAAAAAGUACCUUGCUAAAAGGAGCCAUAAAUAAUCAUGAUCCAGAAUUACCAGCAACUCCUCUAAAAGUAGAAAGUAAUAAAAUAAAUGGAAUGAGUAGACUAUAUUAGAUAGAAUAGAGAGUAAUGAAAUGAAUAGAAUAGAAUCAACAGCAUAGACUAGAAUAGAGUGGAGCUGAAUAUAUUGGAUAGAAUGAAUUUCCCUUCAGGGAUAAAUAAAGUUCUUGCAUUGUGAAAUAAACUAGAAUAGAAUGCUGUAAUAGGCAUUGUACUAGCAGCUAGACUAGAAGUGCCGCAUUUGAUUUAGGUGCUAAAUAGUCAAUAGAAAAGAGGAAAGACAGACAACAUAUUCGGUCAUACAAUUGGGUAUUAAUGUUGUAACAGGACAUUAAAAAAAAUUAAGAAAUAAAAUGUAGCAAUUAAUAAAACUUAACCAAAAAUAGACAUUCUUUUUGAAAAUCAUGGACAUUGCAUCCUUGCUCUGCAUACCGGAACUAUUUGUCUUGUUAGCAGCUCACACAUCAGGAAUGGCAGCAUUAAUGCAAAUCAAUAUACACAGAUUUGGAGUAACAUACUGUAUUCUAUCCAAACUUAAGAAACUUUUCAAACCCAGAUACUAGUCCUAAAUGUGUGCAAAGGAGAGGUUAUGCAGCCCCAUGAUUAAUAUGAUCCAUUUUUUGACAUUUUGCUUGCACUAGAUGUUGUCUUUUCACUGUAAGCAGUGAAACAAAGGGGUUAAAAUUCUGUGCAAACCCUCAUUUUCUUUAUUUUAGACAGCCUCUCUCCCACCAUGAGAUGUCUUUUAUGACAUCACUGAUGUAAGCUUAUCUUUUCAUCUCUCUAGUCUUCGCCGAGCAUGUCCAGAAAGCAGGACAAGCCUCUACCAGCCCCACCUCCUCCACAGAGGGAUCCUCCUCCUCCACCUCCUCCUGAGCGUCCACCUCCCAUCCCUCCAGAGUCACACCACUCUUUGCCCUCCAGUUCAAUGUCUCCCUCUACCAGUGAACUGGCAAACAUCCAGAAACCCCCUCAGACGUGUUGCCCCAGAGACAGCUCCUUUUCAGAUGACCAUAUGGCUGGACCUGAGCAUCUGCCCCAACUGGGACCUGCUGGCCCCUUUCACCUUGAUGGGAGACCACUAAGCUGUUCAUCUGCAGACUUUGUGAGGAUUCAUAAUGAAAUGGAUGGAGCAGGAAACUCUGAGAGCUCUAAGGUAGGACAUUUUAAGGUUAAAAGUGCACUGUUAAAAAAACAACGACAAUCUAUUCACAAGAGUCUGUAUUCUUAAUUGGGUGAACAUGAAAAUUAAAAUAGCUAUUAUUCAACAAGAAAAUACAUGUCAGACCAACAAUGUGCACCUCAAUAGAGACCAAAUAUGUAAUUCUAAGUUAGCAGAAUUUGCAAUUUGUUGUUUGCACAACAAAGUAGGAAAAAUUCCCAUAAUGCAGUUCUGACAUUGACCCAUGAGGUCUGCCGAAGAAGACCUACAGGGUUUACCACGCUCCAUCGCAAGGGCAAGUUCUCCCUUAUAGUGUGUCAGGGCCAGCAGCGCUGAGGAAGAAGAGGACUUUUUUGAGUGGACCAGCUUCAGUCCAAGUUUUUUAAGUAUUUUGUGUGAAAAUAAACUUGUUUAAACUGUAUUAAGUGUAAUCACUAAUAGAGAGUGUGGUGUUGUUCUGCUUUACCAAAUUUACUUAAGUAAAUUGGCUACUUUUUCUGUAGCUGUAUGGUGAAGAAGAAAUCAUGUAAAGUGAGCGGGUUGUUACUGCAGAGGAAGCUUAUCACAGCCUCGUAAUAAUGUGUCGGUGCAGAGCCCACAAACUGUUUCAAUCUGAUAAUGUGGAUACCUUUUUAAUGCAAUGUUUUUGUCAUUAUAUUAUGCAGAUAUGAUUCGAUUUUUGACUAUUGUGAUGAAGUCAAUUUGCAUGUACCUCUUUUCUUUUCUCAUACACAGCUCUUCUCUAAUGGUGUGCAAGCCAACGAUGAGUAUGACAUCCUUCCCUCACGACAUUCCCCGGUGCCAUCUUCAGUUACCAGUAGCCAAAAGUGAGUCCCCAGUCCAAAAACUUGGACUUCUGACGCUCCAAAAUCUUAGUGAGGCCGAAGCACACACAACUGGAACACUUAGAUGUAAAUCUGUCUGAUUUGACUUGAAAUUAUUGAAAAUAGCAGCUUUAGCUUAUGCUGGUCUGCUUACUGGCAGAUCCAUGUAUGACUUCAAUAAUGAGUGUAAAAAUGAAAUGGUAGUUUGGUGUAUUUUCUUUAAUUCCUUUUAGUGAACUAGAAUGAUAUUUUAUUUUGGAGAACUUUAACAAAACUGUUAUACAUGAAGUUGUCACAAGCAUUUGAUUGGAUAAUGUGAACAGUAAGAUGUCCAUCAGAGAGUCAACAAAUGGGUGGUCUCCCGACUGUGUGCCUAUAUAUGAUAAUUUACACUUUUAUAAUGUUGUGAUCUGCAAAGUUUAACUGACCGAUGUUUUCAGUCACACUCUCUGACUCUUUCUGAAGUCUGACAGCAUGUUGCGUUCUUCUGAAAACUAGCAUAUAUCCACUAACAUCUGUUAAAUCUGACAAAAUUAGGAUUUAUCAUGGUUUGAUGUGUGAUUUUCCACCGUAUGUGGCUUUUUGUUUUUCCAUUUUGCUGUGUCAUGGAUUAAAAAAGUCAUAACAGCUAUAUAAAGAUGCGACCUUGCUGCAUCUUUAUCCUCUUGAUAAAAAAUCAAAAUGUCAGAGUUGCAGAUUGAAUGCACUUGAAAGACAUUUUAAAAGGUGGGAUUGACAAAUCUCCACAUCUUCACAGAUCCUCCAAUCCUUUCAGCAGUACAAUGACAGAGCAUCAGCGGGGAGUGAUGGAGAGACCGCAGGAUGACUAUCAGAUCCCUUCAUCCAACCUCUGCCUGAGUCAGGCUCCCCUCAGCCUUUCCAUACCAAGCAGGUACCAGGCUUACCUAAAGAUGCAACCAUGCAGGUACAGUGAUCAUGGGUCAGUAAGAGAUUCAUUCAGCAGCCGUGUCCUUUGACUUUUUCCAGAAGCUCUGAGAACAGCUCUUCAGAGCCCUGCACCAAGGAGAAGAAACCCCACCCUCCUGAGCACAGUGAGUCAUGAUACCAGCAGAGGCGGAUAAAUAAUCCCCUCACAUAAAUAUUAUUACUGUGCUUUUUACCACAACAUAGUGAAGAACUUUGCUUAAGACUUUCAAUCCGCUCUACUUCACAUCUUUUUAUAAAAACAAAUGCAUUUCAACAAAUAGUAAAGAAGAUUUUUUUCUAAUUUGAUGAAAAAAGUAAACUCUCAUUACUUUGAUAUUUAAACACAACCUUUCAAUUUCAAUAUUAUUAUACAUAAAGUAACAUAUUCAAAGCUUUUUCAAAUACAUUUUGAGGAUUAUGGUUCAUGGCUCAUGAAUUUUAUAAUGCAGGAUAUAAAGAAACCUUAAGGCGAGACAGAUGAAAUGUUUUUAAAAAACAUGCUAAACAAUUGUUUAAUGAUGUAGGGCGUGUUGGGUUUUGCUCAAAUCAGAUCCCUCCAAAAAAGAUGUCUUUAGCAAAACAAGAAGUUAAGCAGGUAGUGAAGGCAGGGAUCUGGCUGGUUGGGGCAAAAAUCUUUAAAGCUGCAGCAAACAUCAGCUCUCUGGAGAUCCUGAGCACAGAAGAAACACAAUUAAGCCAAAAAGGUUCAAAUAAUUCUCCUAAACACUGGGAAACAGAGUACACAGAGCACUACCAUACAAGACGGGAUGAUCUGUCAGUGAAGUGGAGUUCAGACCAGGUUUUUAAAAGCAGCUUGAUUAACUGAGUGACAACAGGUGUGUCUAAUCAGCAGAGUCAGGCCCCGUUUAUACGUACCCAGUUAUCUUUAAAAAACAGAGACAUUAACCAUUGUUUGCACCCUUCAUUUAGACGCAAACGGAGAAUUCGCCCUGAAAACGAUGGUUUUUAAAAACUCCGGCCAGAGUGAAGAUUUUGGAAAACUCUGUUUGUACGUUUGCAUGUAAACAGACAAAAACAGAGAAAAACUGAGAUUUGGGUAGCCGACGGCAGAUUGCACGCAGGAAAGAAGGAAGUGUUGCUACUAUGCAGGAUUCUUGAUUAACUGAGUGACCCCAGGUGUGUCUAAUCAACUGCUAUUACUGUCUUUAUUAGGGUUAUUGUCUUUAUUAGUCAAGUUUAUAUGUUGUGUCUUGUUUGAGUAGCUGUGUUUUGCUUUAUGCUGCCCUCUGCCUGUGCUCCUCAGGGGUCCCACCUGAGCCUCCCAGGGGGACGACACAUGCUGCCUUCAGUCAUUUCAACUCCAACCAGACGUCCUCUGACUAUGAUAUUCUGCUCCCCCCUCAAGGUAGCCUUUCUCAAGCCCACCUUCACCUCACUUCUUUGACGUGUGAAUCCAUCCAGACGGCUCAGUUUUAAUUGUGGCGUCUCUUGUGUUUCAGCAUUGGGGGACGCACUGAACAGCUGCCCUCCUUCUCAGCCUCCACCUCCACCACCCGCCAGACACAGCUUCACAGACCUGUCCUCCUGUUUUCGGUCCUCAUCCUCCAUGCCCUCCUCUGUCAUCACGCAACCUCACAGGUUUUCCUCUGGACAGGAGCACUCGCUGCUGACCCCCGGUGAGCUGACUGCUCAGUAUAAACAGGAGUGGUAUCACUUUACACAUGAUUUAUGACUUCGCUGUGUUAACUGACAGAUUGUGUGGUACCUGAAUUUUCUCUGUGUAAUUUGUGGUUCAGGCGCAGUGUUUGACAUGCUGAACAGUGCUGCUCCGUUGCCUCCGAUCAGACGACACGUGGAAAAUGUUAAAAGCUCCAGAAGCUGCCUAGAGUACGACCACUCACAAGCCAGCCAAGGUAGAGUCUUGAACUUAUUUUCUGUUUGGGCCUGAUUUAGUUUGCGCCCACUUUCCUCAGAUGUGAUUUCUCUCCUCUCUUUCCCAGUAUCGUCAGACUGUUUGCAGGCCCCUGCCAGACCGCCCAAGCCACUUCCCAGGAAGAUCCCUCCAGAUAUUCAGCCGGGUAAACCCUCCAGUCUGGACGCAGAUAACAUGGAUGCCAAGAUAGCCAAGUUGAUGGGGGAGGGUUACUCUUUUGAGGAUGUGAAGCGGGCGCUGAUCAUAGCCCAGUACAAAGUGGACGUGGCCCGAAGCAUCCUUCGGGAGUUUGCCUUAGUGCCCCCAAGACUGAACCUUUGAUUCCUGAAAGGGAAAUGGAUCCCAACAAUGAAGCACUUCUUCUGGAGGAACUUUGUCAGUCUGUUUGGCCUUGAAGCAACAAAGAUCCACAGAAACAAACACAAGAAACAAUCAAGGGAGCAGUGAUGACUACACAGCUUAAAGUUACUAAAAACAGAUCAUAGCAGAAUAUUGUGAAUCAAAAGUUGGGAGAAAAAUCCUGAUCGUGACUCAAAACCGGGCCCCUGGUUUUAAUGCUGGUGUCUGGCUUUGAUCACAUCAGCUCUGGUACUGCAGCAGCUGCCAUGGACCCUUCAUACUGUGCCAGCCAUAAAACUUAAGAGUGCAAGGUGGCCUUUAAACAAAACAAGACAUUUUCAGCUCAGUAAGAUGUUAUGGAUCAUUUCUACAUACAAUAAGUGGGGGCGCUGAACUCCACUGCUCUCUUCUCUACAUUUCUAACCUGCUUUCUUUUCUUCUCUCCAUUUAAAAGGAAAUUUAAUUGUUUGCACAUAGUCUGAAUAACUCUGGGGUCUGAUUGUCUCCUGCAGAGCUUGAGAAAAGUAAAAGACAGCUCUAACAGAGCGCUGCUCUUUGGUGUCUUAGUCAGAGGGUUGUGGGGUUUAAUUUUUGACGAUUCAUGAACUGAUGCCUUUUUAAAUUAUUUUUCCAUCUGUGAAGAGAAAGCCUUUGAAUGUAUUUGCACCUCUGUAUUUCAACUCUACUCAGGCCCAGUUUUGUCCCCGAGGGGUUAAGCACUGAAAAAGGUUCAAUGAGCGCUGCAUGGACUUGCAGCCUAGUGACGUUUUAGCAGAACAAACAUGGAGGCAAAAACAGGAGCUUCUCAUAAUCAGGAUACUCAAGUCCAUGUUUACUCACCGACCGUGGCAGGUUAUUUUUUUUUAUUUUUCAAGGUCAAAAGCCAGAAACGAGUGUGCCUGAAUUUCAGCCUUUGUCUUUAAGUAGAUAUAAAAGUAUUAUGUUGAUCAGUGAGCCAAACUUAGUGUGUGUGUGUUCCUAGAGACAAAAAGCUCUGCAGCCGUCACACCGCAGCCAGCUUUCUCAUAUUCAGUGACCCAGGCAUCAAAUGUCCACUUUUUAUGUUUCACUUCACUGAGUUGUAGAGUGAACCUGACAGGGCCUAAUUGAAAGCUGCUAAAAUGCUGCAGAGGAUUCAGAGGAGCCACACGCACUUUCACGGUGCAGAACAGAUGAUGUUAUUAAUCAAACUUACCUCAGGAUCUGGAAGCUACAUGUCUGCCUUAUGACAGCUAGAUGUCUCACCUAUGCAUGUAUUCAAUUUGUUCAAACGUAACAGCAUUUUUGAUGACAAUUCUUUUGUUCAAGAAUUAGAGCUUGAUUUACAGAUUUCAUUAAUCACAUGAUUAUUUCAUGAUUAACCACACAUUUAUUACACAUUUGUAUCGCUUCUUAAUGUACCUUAAAGGGAUAUUUGUUAAGGUUUCAAUAUUACCAUCAACAUGGGAGUGAUCAAAUAUACUUGCUUAAUGCAAAUGUAUGUCUAUUAUAAGUACAACAAUUAAAAACAGGCACAUAAUCCUCCAGAAUAACCUUAAAGGUAUUGUAUGCUCUAGAAAUAUGCUGAAAACAUCACAUAGUCCAACAAGCAACAACAGGAAGCCAUACUGACCUGAAUAUAAUAGUUACAUUCGGUAAAACUAACACAUUGUAGUGUCUAACUUUACAUCUGUGAUAAUAACUAAACGGCCCAAUACAGUUUUUAGGCAGCAAAACACAAAAACAAACAUACACAUUGUACAACAAGGAGCUUUAAACUGUAAAUGGAUCAUGAUGCCAGGUUAAUAAUAACACCCUUCUCAUCAGAAGCUCUUCACAGUUAAGAAAAACUCACUUUUUUUGCACAAUUGUUUAACUUUUCUUAAACUUUAGUAGCCGUAGCUUGACCUCCAGAUCUUGGUGACAAAAAGUGCCAAUGCAGCCAAACUUAGUAUAGAAUAAAUAUGUCCUGUAAAGAUCAAUGUUUAAAUUGAUCCCUCUUUAAUUUCUAAUUUAAGGAACUGAUAAUAACUUGAUUCUUCUCAUUGUUUUUGCAUCUGUAACAGGUUCUUGAAUACCUUCUUGUUAGUAGCCGGUAACAGAGCAGUGUAUAUUAGUAAGGCUGUUGUGUAUCAGAAGUAAUUGUCUAGGCCAACAGAGACAGAGUGCUGUCAUGCUGGACUGAGAUGGAUCAGCAGAAGGUACUGCAUUGAACGUCAUGUAAGAAUACAGUUAAAGUCAAAUGAUGUCAUUUUAACUACACAUUGUUAGGGUUUAGAAGAAAAAAAGGUCCUCUUUUAUGACGGGAGCUGAUCCAUGAGUGUACUCAUAAACCCCAAGUAAAAUCACAAAAAACAGCACAAAGCAGUGACCCAUCUUCAUCACAAUGGUCUUUUUUUGUGACAUGCUUGUGACACUGGAGAUCAUGGUUUGUAUUAUUAUUCACAGAGGAGCUGCAAAAACGCUGAUCGACUGUAGUCCGUUGGAAUCUAAUUGAUGGAAAAGUUCAUUUACACCCUGCUGAUAAUUAACAGGUUAAACUUUAAAUGAUCCAACAUCUCAAAGUCUGAUUGACGAUUUUUAUUCCUCUGUUCUCUGUAAAAAAGACGUUUGUCUUAAUGUUGGGUUUUUUUGGGGGGGUAAAGUCUUCAUCUUUCUAUGGUCCUUUAAUUCAAACGUAAGAACUGUAUUGCCAAUAAUGAGGGAGACCAUGUGCAAAGAGGAAGUCCGUUAAAGUCAAUAACAGGUGUUCAAACAUUGUUACCCUUUGCUGGACAAGGAUAUACUGUAAGUAUGACAGCUAAAAACAAACAGAGCUUAUAACAGCUUAUAACAGCUUAAAACAGCGUUAUGAAGCUCUUGGAUAAUGACGAGCAGCCGUGUCUGUUAAUGGGAGACAAAAACCCUGCACUCACUGUGUAUGUGUACGUUUUAUUUGUUUGUGCGUUUGUUUUUUCAUUCUGUUUGGAGCCAGAAUUUUGUGUUAGAGCAGCUUUACUGAUAGUUACUUACAGAAAACGGCUUUUUUUUUUCUUUUGUAUCAUUAAAAAAAAAAACUGAACCGUCAUAUUGAAAAAAAUUUGUAAUUUAGAUGGGUUACUCACUGCUUACUGUCUGCACUGGUCUGUUCCUUUAUUUUGUUGAACUUUAAAACCCCGAGCUCAGAUUUUUUCAUUCCAGUGAACUCCUUUGUCAGGGGGUGAGAGGCCUUAGAUUGCAAAGCAUGUUUUUUUUAUUUUUUUAUGAAAUUUUAUUUUCAUUAAUAUUUUCUGGUGACAAAACAAAAGUGUUGAUAAUACAGCGUAUGUAAAGCAUAACUUCAUGUAAAAUAUAAUGUAAAUGUUUAUUUCUUCAUAAGUUAUUUUCACGGAUGAUAAAUAAAGUCAUGAUUCCUUU